AUGGCACGCUGCCGUUGCGACUGCCCUCACCCUCCCUGUCCACGAUUGGCUGACCCGGUGCUGUGCCCCGCAGAUUGUGCCAGCCUGAUGAAGAAGUGCGUGCAGUGCCGGGCGGUGGUGGAGCGCCGCACCCCCUUCGCGCUCUGCUGCGGGGGGAAAGGUAUGGAGGACGACACCGCUGAUCAGCACCUUACAGGGAGCUCAAACUCUGUGGCAGGGGGGUCGCAGGAUCUUCUCCAACCCAACAAUCUGGCGCUGAGUUGGUCCAGCGGAAACAUCCCCGCCCUGCAGAGGGACAAGGACAACACCAACGUCAACGCCGACGUGCAGAAACUGCAGCAGCAGCUGCAGGACAUUAAAGAGCAGACCAUGUGCCCGGUGUGUUUGGACCGGCUGAAGAACAUGAUCUUCAUGUGCGGCCACGGCACCUGCCAGCUGUGUGGGGACCGCAUGAGCGAGUGCCCCAUCUGCCGCAAGGCCAUCGAGCGGCGCAUCCUGCUGUACUAGAGCCCCGCCCUCUGCCCUGGAGCCCCGCCCACUGCCCUAGAGCCCCACCCUCUGCCCUGGAGCCCCUCCCACCAGCCUAGAGCCCCGCCCUCUGCCCUGGAGCACCGCCCAGUGCCCUAGAGCCCCUGCCCUCUGCCCUGGAGCCCCGCCCACCGCCCUAGAGCCCUGCCCUCUGCCCUCUGCCCUGGAGCCCCGCCCACUGGCCUAGAGCCCCUGCCCUCUGCCCUGGUGCCCCGCCCACCACUCUAGAGCCCCGCCCUCUGCCCUAGAGCCCCGCCCCCCCUUCCCUCCCUCACUCCCCCGUGCAUCCGUAGGCAUCGUGCAGGAUAACAGACCAUCUCCACCACCUUCCCCCAAACCACACCCGCCAGAUAAAGCAGCGAAAGGUGUUGUUGAAGUAAUGCCCUUGUUUGGAGCCUGAAGGCUGAAUUGAAUAUGUGGAGCCCUCCAGCCGUUCUCUCGCCCAUGUCACCAUUAGGACUUCUGGCCGCGCGGUGUGGUCUUCCCGCUCCCGCUAGCUUCCUGCCUUGCUCCAGACCUCAGAGGAGGUGCUUCGUUAUGUCUUUAGAUUCACUGGUGGGACCCACCUACUCUCUCAGAAUCCCCCCAUCAAACGUCAAGUCGCAGUAUUGUGUACAGCAGGGGGAGCCGUCGAGCAGUCGUUUGCACCCGCGUGACUUCUGUUCAGAAGGCUUUCUGUCUCAAAGCCUUAAUUUUCUUUUAUUUUUAUUUUAUUGCUUCUGAUGCGGACAUAUUUAAUUAGUGUUAACCGUCGUCGGCUUCCCACCAGCUACCGUUGUGGAUGUACGGUCCGUCGUAUAAAUCGCUGAUAUUUAACUUGGUUACAUGGACACGGUACAGUUUGCAGCAGCUUGCUGCUGUAAGGGGCUUUAGGGUGUUGUGAGGUCAGAUCUUUGGCCUUGCCUAGCCUGCCUGUGACGCCCAGUUCAAAAUGGAGCACGGGCAUCUUAAGUUCUUUUCGUUUUUUCUUCAUUAAUUUCUGGAUUUACUCACUGCCUCUCAUUAUGCGAAUAUUAUGUUUAAUUUUGUCAUGAAUUUUGCAUUACAGCUUGUUUGUUUUCUUUAUUUAAUCUUUAAUGUAAUUCUAUUUGCCCCCUCUUGCGAAGAAAGCAAAUCAAAUCUAAUCAAAUUGAAGUGGAAAGUCCUCUUUGUGAAGGCGCCAGCUUCUGAGCUUCUUGGCACAAGGUUGCUAGGUUGCCAACCCCCCCCCCCCCCCCAGCCCCUUGGAUCAUAUCGGCCCGUCGAUAAGAACGCAGACCCAGGUUCCAGUGCGGAGCUGUCUUUAACCCCGCCCCCCCCGGUCGUCCGUGUCUCUGGGCUAGCUGCUCUGAUUCCCCCCCACCCUCUCACCGGCACGCGGCCCAAUUCACCCUAACAAAGCGCAGUCUCGCCGGGCACCGAAGGUCCACCUCCGGCCCACUGUUAAGCCGCCGAUACCGCCGCCGAAUGUCCUACGGGGAACCUCCUGUCCUGUGGGACCGUCGGUGGACCCCCAGAUUGAGAACGAGACGCCAGCCUGGCUCCUCGGCACGCCGUUCUUCUCCGGGCUGCCCAGGCAGCGACGGGUCGAAACGCGUGCGUAGCUACUGGUUAGUUUCACAGGAAUGGUCCCUCGCGCCAUGUACAGUACACUGGGCGUGACGUUUCGCCGAGUGCGUCAGGGUACCGCUCGCAGUCCGCCGCUCUUAAAGGGAUAAAAUAAUGGUAUUGUCUCGUACUGCAGUGUAAAGCUAAGUGUGCUUGGCUGUUCCGUGCUUCUGCCCAACAUUCGCAUAUAGACGCUUGUGGGGAUGCGGUGCCAUCUUGAGUUUUGUCGACUGAAAAUGUUUUUCCUCUCUAUAUGUAGAUUGAGUUAAACUACAAUGUUAUGUAAAGCCAACACAGAUAAAUAUUUUAUUUACUCGUAGUAGAGGACAAAUGACUUUAUUUUGUAUUGUUGCUCGAAAUAGGCUGAUAGGUGUCACUGCUUUCCCGAAGCUGAACGUGGCUGUUUUGCUGCUGUUUUACGGAACUCUGCUUAAACAUUAAUGUUGACAAACUGGGUCAUUCAGACGGACCACCUGUAAAUGCUAACAGAACAUGCUUUGUCCCAAAGGUCUGGCGAACAUUUUUUUUUUUGCUGACUUGUAGGUCACACGAUCAUGAUUUAAUGUAUGAUCGUGAUUUAAUGAUCAUGAAGUAAAAAAUAAAAAAAAUCAUAUCUAGCCAGUUCUAUCUGUUGUCUGAAAGGUGUAGUCGGGUUCUCCAUGAAAUAAAACAAGGUGCAGAGAACAGUCUGACGUCACUGGCACAGAGAUGUUUUUUUUUUUGUCAUAUACAAAGUAACUUCAUACUUUGACAUCAAAGUUGAUUUAAUUUUCUAUCCAUUUUAUAUGUUCAUGUUAAAAUGUAAUGCUAGAAUGCACUAAUGUACCUUCAUGGUAGUGUUGGUAGUAUUGUAUUGUAUUCUUUUGUUACAGUUAUUGCAAAGGCCAAUUAAAAGAAAUCCAUUUCCUGUUCAGCUUUCCACCUUUGUAAUCGGAAUGGGUCUGCUGCAGACUGUAUUUUUAUUAAUGGCUUGUAACAUUAAAAGUGGCCUGCUCUGUAUUGCUGAGUGCUUUUAAAAGAAAUGUACUGUUAAAAUAAAGGUCCUAUGACACUAUGGCUUUGAAGACCAACGCCA